AUGGUGUGCUAUGUUCUGGUGACGUCAUGCGUGUCACUUGUCUCGCGCUCUGAACAAUACAAACAUCGCUUUGUCGAGACUGGACCACAGCUGCUCCACACAGCUCUAACUGAUAUGGAUCUCCCCGUGGGGCGCCAUCCAGUGACCGCUCUGUGCAUUGCCCUGUGCUGCCUGUGGGGAGGAGAGUCCAUGCCAGAUCCCAAACACAGAGAGGCUCUGAUGGAGAUGGAGGCCUCCAUGCAGACGGGAGGUCAGCUGGUGAUGAGCGACAAGGAGAAGGUUCUGAACGCGCGGUUCUUACAGAUGAAGCAGGCUGAGGUGAUGAGGCCUGACUUCCCUCCUGCCAUGCACUUCUUCAAGGCCAGAGAGCUCAUCAAGGAAAGCCCCCUCUUCAGUCUGCUGCGGAAAGCGCCCAAAGGCGCGGCUCUACAUGUACAUGACUUAUCAAUGACGGCCGUGGAGUGGCUGGUGAAGAAUGUGACGUAUCGGCCCGACCUCUACAUGUGCUCCUCGGACACUCAGUCCUUACGAUUCAUCUUCUGCUCUCAAAUCCCCCAACCUCUGGCUCGAUGCUCCCCGUGGGUUUUACUGGAGAAACUCAGGAAUGCGACCGUAAAUGUGACAGAGCUUGAUGACAGAAUAAUGAGGAGCAUGACCGUGUUCACCGACCAGGACCCAGAAACACUUUACCCAACGCAGGAUGUGGUGUGGGAGCGUUUUGAAGAGGCGUUCAUGGCUCUGAGGGGCCUGGUCAACUUCGCUCCGGUCUUCAGGGAUUACUAUUACCAAGGCCUCCGCGAGUUUUACGCCGACAACGUCAUGUACCUGGAGCUGCGGGCAGUGCUCCCAGAGGUUUACGAGCUGGACGGCAGCACCCAUGACAUCACCUGGAGUCUCAAAACCUACCAGGAAGUGACUAGAAGCUUCACUGCCGAUCAUCCGGGUUUCUUUGGCGCAAGAGUGAUUUUCAGCUUUCAUCGGCACGUGAACUCAACCGUGAUGGCUCGAGUUGUAGAAGAGGCCAUGAAGCUGAAGAGAGACUUUCCAGAUUUUGUGGCAGGCUUUGAUUUGAUGGGCCGUGAAGACCAGGGCAGACCACUGUGGUACUUCCGCCAUGAGCUGUCUAUGCCGUCUGACCGAGGGCUGCUUCUUCCCUUCUAUUUCCAUGCUGGAGAAACGAAUUUGGAGGGUUCAGACGUGGACCAGAACCUGCUGGACGCUCUGUUGUUCAACACGUCGCGUAUUGGACAUGGCUUUGCUUUGCUGCGUCACCCGGUGGCCAAGGAGCUCUCCAGGAAAAGAGGAGUUGCUGUGGAAAUCUGCCCCAUCUCAAACCAGGUUACGAAGUUGGUCGAUGACUUAAGAAACCACCCAGGCGCUGUCCUGAUGGCAGAGGACCACCCUCUGGUCAUCAGCUCCGACGAUCCAGCCAUGUUCGGAUCCUCCGGUUUGUCCUACGACUUCUAUGAGGCUUUAGUCGGGUUUGGAGGCUUAAGAUCUAACUUGAGGACCCUGAAAUCUUUGGCCAUCAACUCUAUAAGGUACAGUUCAUUACCAGCAGCACAACAAGAGAAAGCUUUGGCCAUGUGGCAGAAACAAUGGGACAAGUUUAUAUCUGAGAAUACUUAA